AUGACGCGCCAGCGUCCUUGGCCUCCUUCCCCUCCUCCUCCUCCUCGCCUUCGUUUCCUACCAGCAGCAGCGACCGACAGCGGCGCCGGGAUGGCGAGGCUCUCGCCGGGUUGUGGGGCGGCGGCGCCGCAGGUGGACACGGGCAAGUACGUGCGCUACACCCCCGAGCAGGUGGAGGCGCUGGAGCGCGUCUACAACGACUGCCCCAAGCCCACCUCCCUCCGCCGCCAGCAGAUCAUCAGGGACUGCCCCAUCCUCUCCAACAUCGAGCCCAAGCAGAUCAAAGUUUGGUUCCAGAACCGCAGGUGCCGGGAGAAGCAGCGCAAGGAGUCCUCCCGCAUGCAGACGGUGAACCGGAAGCUGACUGCGAUGAACAAGCUGCUGAUGGAGGAGAAUGACCGGCUGCAGAAGCAGUUGUCGCGCCUCAUCUUCGAGAAGGAGGCGGCGACCAAGAGUCUCAAGACUCAUAUCCACAAUGCUUCGGCGGCCACCACGGACACGAGCUGCGACUCCGUGGUGACGAGUGGUCAGCACCAUCAGCAGCAAAACGCCAUUGUGCCGCGUCCGCAAAGGGAUGCGAACAACCCAGCUGGUCUCCUUGCUAUCGCUGAGGAAACCAUGGCAGAGUUCCUGUCCAAGGCGACAGGGACUGCUGUCGAAUGGGUGCAAAUGGUUGGGAUGAAGCCUGGUCCGGAUUCCAUUGGAAUCAUCGCUGUUUCGCACAAUUGUAUUGGCGUAGCAGCCCGAGCUUGCGGUCUUGUGAGCCUUGAGCCCACAAAGGUUGCGGAGAUCCUCAAGGAUCGUCCAUCUUGGUAUCGCGACUGUCGUUGCGUUGAAAUCCUCCAUGUUUUCCCCACGGGUAAUGGUGGAACUAUCGAGCUAAUCUACAUGCAGACUUACGCGCCGACAACUCUGGCGGCACCACGCGACUUCUGGACACUCCGCUACACCAGCGGCCUGGAAGAUGGCAGUCUUGUGAUCUGUGAGAGGUCACUGACUCAGUCCACAGGCGGUCCAUCUGGGCCUACUACUCCAAAUUUUAUCAGAGCUGAGGUGCUCCCUAGUGGUUUUCUGAUUCGACCAUGCGAGGGAGGUGGCUCCAUGAUCCACAUUGUGGAUCAUGUUGAUUUGGAUGCCUGGAGUGUGCCUGAGGUCCUUCGACCGCUCUACGAGUCUCCCAAGAUCCUUGCGCAGAAGAUGACUAUUGCGGCACUGCGACACAUCAGGCAAAUCGCUCAUGAAUCAAGUGGUGAAAUUCCGUAUGGAGCUGGCCGGCAGCCUGCAGUUCUCAGAACCUUCAGCCAAAGACUCAGCAGAGGCUUCAAUGAUGCUUUAAAUGGAUUUCCGGAUGAUGGGUGGUCCUUGUUGAGCAGUGAUGGUGCUGAGGAUAUUACCAUCACAGUAAACUCGUCCCCAAACAAGCUUGUUGGAUCCCAUCUCAGCCCCUCCCCGCUCUUUUCUGCUAUCGGGGGUGGCAUCCUGUGUGCAAAGGCAUCAAUGCUUCUGCAGGAUGUCCCGCCUGCUUUACUUGUGCGAUUUCUGAGGGAGCAUCGUUCAGAAUGGGCUGAUCCUGGUGUUGACGCUUAUUCAGCUGCUUCUUUGAGGGCAGGCCCGUACGCAGUUCCUGGUUUAAGGGCUGGUGGGUUCAUGGGAACUCCAGUUAUACUGCCCCUUGCCCACACCUUGGAGCAUGAAGAGUUCCUUGAGGUCCUUAGGCUGGAAGGACAUGGUUUCAGCCAUGAUGAGAUGCUUCUUGCGCGAGAUAUGUACCUUCUUCAGCUAUGCAGCGGGGUUGAUGAGAAUGCUUCAGGCGCCUGCGCACAGCUCGUUUUUGCACCUAUUGAUGAAUCUUUUGCUGAUGACGCACCUCUGCUACCCUCAGGCUUCCGCGUGAUACCAUUGGACACGAAGACGGACAUGCCAUCUGCCACACGCACACUUGAUCUCGCCUCUUCCCUAGAGGUUGGGUCAGCUGGAGCUCUGCGUUGUUCAAGUGACGCCGCCAACACGAGAUCGGUCCUGACCAUUGCCUUCCAGUUCUCAUUCGAGAACCACCUCCGUGAGAAUGUGGCGGCGAUGGCCAGGCAGUACGUGAGGGCCGUGAUGGCAUCGGUGCAGAGGGUGGCCAUGGCGAUAGCUCCAUCUCGCCUCGGCACACAGAUCCAAAUGAAGCACCCUCCUGGCUCUCCCGAGGCGAUUACACUUGCAAGCUGGAUUGGCAGGAGCUACAGGGCUCACACUGGAGAAGAGAUCCGCUGGUCGGACACUGAAGAAGCAGACUCUCCCCUGAAGCUGUUGUGGAACCACAGCGACGCCAUACUCUGCUGUUCUCUGAAGCCUGCUCCCAUGUUCACCUUUGGCAACAAUGCGGCCCUGGACAUGCUGGAAACGACGCUGGUGAACCUGCAAGACAUCUCGCUGGAGGCGAUCCUGGACGAGGAGGGCCGCAAAGCGCUGUGCUCGGAGUUUGCCAAGGUCAUGCAGCAGGGUUUCGCGUACCUGCCGGGUGGCGUGUGCAAGUCCAGCAUGGGGCGGCAGGCGUCCUAUGAUCAGGCUGUGGCGUGGAAGGUGCUGAGCGAUGACGUCUCUGGCGCCCCGCACUGCCUCGCCUUCAUGUUCGUCAACUGGACCUUCCUCUGAUAGCCGGCAGCCACCAGCAGCAUCAGAUUGCUUGUGUUGUGGUGUUGUCCUAGUAGUACUAUCAUAUGGGAACGGUGCAAUCAUGUAUCCUAGUUAUCGCUCGCUUGCACCUGUCCCGUGUUCUUGUUCAUCGUGGCCAGACCUGAUGAUCUGUAUGUGACUAUGUUUUCUCCUGUGAUGCAAAACCUAUUUGGCAUUCGCCUGUAGUGAUCGAGACCUAUCUGUAUCUACCUA